AUGGCGAUGAUGAUGACUGGCCGUGUGCUGCUGGUGUGUGCCCUCUGCGUGCUGUGGUGCCUCACUGUUUUUGGAGCUGCAAGGGACAACCGCUGCGUUGAGGGUGAUGGGAACGUCUUGACGCACACGCAUAAUGGAGGAAAUAACGGACUGCGCCUGAAGGCGGAUUUCGGGUUGAUUUCCACCCGAAUGGGAUUAAUAAAGGCGGUUGAAGCUGGGGAAAGAGAAGGAGAAGAAUUAGAAAGUCUUGAUGCCCCAUUGGACAGUGUGGGAGGAAAAUCGCCUAGUAGUCUGCUGGCUGGUAGUGGGGACAAUGAAGCGCCUGGUGCAGGAGGAGGGCAGGGUGCUGCAGGUGCAGGAGCAGCAUCCCUGCCGUCUGGGCCUGGAGUGCCAGGGACAGGUGAUGAAAACAGGCAGUCACUUAUGGCUGGCCAAAAAGGGAAUGAAAAAAAUAACUUGGAUCCCGGCAGCAAAGAGCCAAGGGAGUCCCAAGACCAAACCACCGAUCAAUUGUCCUCUUCAUCUGGCAGCACUUCCACUCGUUCUGGUGAAAACCCCUCUUCGAUGGGUACAUCCGGCGUUAAACAAUUGCCCAGGGACACAGAGACAAAAGGAGAUGUUGACCCUCGCAAUAAUUCGGGCGAUGAUGAAGAGAGAGAAGAUGAAAAAACAGGAAGAGAAAAACAAAAAAAUAAAGCACAAACCGGGUCUCGCGAAAGUAAAAAUAAUGGAGGAGAAACAACACCACCAUUACUACCAUCAUCAGAGGGUGAAGAAAGCCCACUACCUGAUCAAGAAAACUCACAGAAUCCAAAAAAAAUAACGAACGAAGCCACGCCGUCAGGACCAACAAUGGAAUCAAAAGCACCGGAACAGCCUUCAGGGGAUGCUACACAAGGGCAGCACAGCCAUGACACGGACACAGAGGAUUCGACGAAGAAUGCAGCAACCGGCAGUCCAGCAGAACCAACAACCUCAUCUACCUCUACAAGUGGCAGCGGUGAUCAUGUCCAGAAUAAGGCAGAUAAGGAUGAUGCUCAAAGCUCUGAAGAACAACACGACAGCCUUGAAACUGGCAAUACCAACGUUGUUCCAGCACUCAGUGAGGCAGCACCACAAACAGCAAAAACAACCACAGCCAACACAACUUAUACGGUGAAUGCACAAAACAGUGACGGCAGCACCGCGGUCUCCCACACCACCUCCCCUCUUUUGCUUCUUCUUCUUGUUGCGUGUGCGGCGGCGGCUGCGGUGGCGAUCGUGUGGGUAUGA